AUGAGUCAAGAGUUACAGCGGCAGCAUAAUAAGAUGCCAAAUGCGUAUUCGAUUAUUGCUCGUUUACAAGAGUUGUAUGGUGAGCGAAGUCGAAGUGCUAGAUAUGAGAUAUCUAAAUCAAUCUUUCGAGCAAAGAUGUCUGCUGGAGGAUCAGUUGGAGACCAUGUUCUCAAAAUGAUCUCCUGGAUGGAUAAACUGAAUGAAUUAGAUGCUCCAAUGCAUCAAUAUCUUCAAAUAGAUGCAAUUCUUCAGUCUUUGCCAGAUUCGUAUGGGGGUUUUAUUUCAAACUUCUAUAUGAACAAGAUUGAGUGUACCCCGGCGGAACUUAUGAAUAUGCUAAUAACGGCCUAG